AUGGGAAAAGAGUGGAUAUCAAUCAGAAGCCACGACCCGAAGUGGAAGGGGCAGCAUGCAACAGACAGCAUAAAAGAGGGGACUCAACGGCGGAACAGUCAGUCUCAGUUCAUACUUCAACAGUGGAGGAACUCGUCAGUUAAGAUGAAAAAUAGUCAACGCAAGAAGAGGGCUCGCAAAUACCAGUCAUCUUCAUCAUCGUUGUCGUAUUCGUCAUCGUCGUCGUCGUCAUCGAACUCGUCGUCAUCAACGACAUCAUCAUCGGCCCCAGGAUCAAAAUCGUCACCACUCAAAGAUGUCACCAAUAAAGGGGCGAAUAAGAAAGAACCAAAGACUAAGGGUAAGAAGGUAAAAGUAACCCCACCCACUCCAGAAGAAACUUCAAAGGUACCUUAG